AUGACACCGAUAACUCAUCUUGUUCCAUGCUUUAUAAUAAUAUCAAUUAUCUUCUUCAAUGGAGCUGAAUCGAAUAUUUAUUCUUCCAAUCGUUUAUAUCGAACACGAUUGAAUACUGGUGAUCGUUCUGCCAAUAUCAUUGCCAUAUCGGAAAUAUAUGAUCCAUCGUCAGGUACCUGGAGUGUUACGGGAAGUUUAGCACAAGGACGUGAACAACACGCUGCAACUGUACUAAAAUCCGGUAAAGUUCUUGUCACUGGCGGCGAAGGUUUAACUGUACAUUACGAAACACCGUCAUUAUUUGAUACACAGGUUACAGAAUUAGUCUCAGGAUGUUUGUUUAAAACACCUUAUAAAGAUUAUAUUCAACCCGCAGAGCUCUAUUUGGACAUCCCAUAUGAUUCGUCCUCUUCUCUCGGUGACUAUUUCAAAACAACAAUCAUAUUUGAUUUAGCUAAAGCUGCUCAAGUUGAUCCAACAAGAAUUAUGUACCUUUCCCUCCAAGCCUACUAUGAUGAAAUACAACAAAAGAUGAUAACAUUAGUUAAAGUUUCGUUACUACCAUCAGCGACAGCGGAAGUUUCGGAUGCGACCGUAAGAAUGAUAGUAGACACUUUAGUAAACAAUCAGUUAGAUACAUCCUCGGUCUUGUACACGGGUACAAAGUUUCUAAAGUAUUUACGAAAUAAUUUGACUCAGAAGUCAAAUGUUGAACUUGGUUUGAUUACGUCAACAUCAAUAACGACGACAACAACAUCAACAUCGGAUCCAAUCGAUUUGAUCUCUUCAUCAACGACAACUCCAGAACCAGCAAGUAAUGAAACAGCAUCGAUUCCGCCAAGCAAAUGCUCAAUACUAUCGACGAAUUCGAAAUCAUUAGCAUUGAACUUGUUCGCGUUUUUUAUUUUCAUUACCUUUAUAUACUAA